AGAAGGGUCAAAAGUUUCUUCAUAUUUUGCUCUUUCCACUCUCCUUCUCGCACUUCUCUCUGCUUUGUUUCUCAACUGUAGCGAUCAACUGUAGAAGGAGAAUCUAUGAGGCCGAGAGAGGAAUCGGAGGAGAUCCAAAUCAGCAAGAUCCACAUUGAAGGGGCUGCACUUCAGGGCAACGAAAUCGGACGCCGGGAACCAGAUUCUUAACCCUGACGCUUUAAGGCUCUUGGCAGUUCGUAUGCUCAGACAAUCCAUUUUUCGGGGGAGAUUCAUGAUAUAUACAGACCACCUUCCCAUCUCAGAUGAGCUCUGAUUCUCGGUUAUCUCUCAUCAUGAUUCUGCUCUUGAAGAGCAACCGAAUGCGACUAUUGUGCGGUCCCAAGGGGAUUAUGUGACCCGGAUUUGCAGGCUUUUGUUUUGAAGUUAGCAGAUGGAUCGUGCCAACAUUCUGCUGUGAGAUGUGAUUGGUAGAUUGCAAAAUCUACUUCCAAAGUCUCUUUCGAUUGGUUUGAGAAAGUCACGAAAACUUUGAGAUGUAUAAAUAAUAAGUUCACAUCUGGCGAACUGAUAAUCUCUUUGAAAAUCUUAUAGAUUGUGACCCACAUGGUGACUCCUUGAAUAGAAUAUACAUGAUUUCUUGGAGGUGCAAGUUGAAAUGUUCCCCACGAAGGUCCUGAAGAGUCCAAAUGAUAAUUGUAAUAUAUUACUUGCCA